UUAAAACAGAACCCAUUGAAAACGUAAUGGAAAAGCAUUUGCAAGGCUAAUGACACUUGCCCCAAUAAUCAAGGGUUUCGAUAGCUUUUGCGUUUUAGUGGCAGUCUGAAGCGAAGUUCGGCGGACGAGACAUGACGUUGAUACUACUGGCCGCCCUGUCGAGCAUCUACACCGGGAUGUUUAACUACGUGAAGGCCAAAUUCCCGUUCGUAAUCGAGGCCUCCAUGGUGACCCUGUGCUUUGGCUCCAUCGUGGGUCGAUUCUGCAUAAUGGUUUAGGAGAAAAGUGAGCAGACUCGAGACUGUGCGAAUCGGAGGAACUUUAUAUUUAUAUGAAUGUGUCUUGUGGCCUAAUGUGAAUACAACUAAAAACUUAAACCUAAA